AUGGGUGCAUCUGACAUUCGCGAAAAUAGUGCAAACGCUGUUAGUGGCGGUGGCAAUGCAAAUCACUGGGAGCCAGAAAAGAAAGCAGUGUCAGUCGAUUUCAACGCACUUCCUCCAGGAGGGCGCACGUGUGCAGAUGUUGAAGCAGGUCUCGUUCCUGCUGCUACUGGUGAUGAUGAUAACGUUUACCAUCAUUUAAUGUCUUAUUACCUGCGCAAGACAAGUUUUCUUUUGUUGAAGCGGAUUAAAGAACGAGCUUUCAAAGAGUAUGAACUGCACAUCUAUCCGCGUGAAAUGAGAGUUCGUUUUGUGAGACUUGAUUCGCCGACAAUGGACACAUUCUGGGUUUUGGAUCCGAAUAUUUUUACACAUGUUGAAAAGAUGUUGCAUGAGGAUCGCCAGCGCUACUGCACUUGCCCGCAGUUACGUGUGGCUGCUGGUCAGGAUCUGAACCGUAUGACAUGCAUGGUUCGAACUAGUCUUGAUAGCGGUUAUCGUGUGAUGUGUCGGGCAGAGAUCAGCAAAUACACGGGCUCUACUUCAAGAUUUUCGGUUUAUUUGGUUGAUUAUGGUUUCUAUAAAUGGGUCAAAGAUACUGAUGUCUACGAUAUAUCGUCAGUUAGCAAGGUUUGGCAUUCUAUCCAGUUUUGGAAACCACAAACUUCCUGGUAUGGUAAAUAUGGUAAAUAG